AUGAACAAAGAACUGUUAUUAUUAAGAUUCCUUGAAAUUUCAUCGAGUUGGAUAAUACCAUGUAAUUUUGGUUACCAUGUAACCGAGCUACCAUAUAAUUUUGGUUACAAUAUUACCGAGCUACCAUAUACUUUUGGUUACCAUAUAACACAGGUGCCAUAUAAUUUUGGUUACAAUAUAAUGGAGCUACCAUAUACUUUUGGUUACCAUAUAACACAGGUGCCAUAUAAUUUUGAUUACAAUAUUACCGAGCUACCAUAUACUUUUGGUUACCAUAUAACACAGCUGCCAUAUAAUUUUGGUUACAAUAUAACGGAGCUACCAUAUACUUUUGGUUACCAUAUAACACAGCUGCCAUAUAAUUUUGGUUACAAUAUAAUGGAGCUACCAUAUACUUUUGGUUACCAUAUAACACAGGUGCCAUAUAAUUUUGAUUACAAUAUUACCGAGCUACCAUAUACUUUUGGUUACCAUAUAACACAGCUGCCAUAUAAUUUUGGUUACAAUAUAAUGGAGCUACCAUAUACUUUUGGUUACCAUAUAACACAGGUGCCAUAUAAUUUUGGUUACAAUAUAAUGGAGCUACCAUAUACUUUUGGUUACCAUAUAACACAGCUGCCAUAUAAUUUUGGUUACAAUAUAAUGGAGCUACCAUAUACUUUUGGUUACCAUAUAACACAGCUGCCAUAUAAUUUUGGUUACAAUAUAAUGGAGCUACCAUAUACUUUUGGUUACCAUAUAACACAGGUGCCAUAUAAUUUUGGAUACAAUAUAAUGGAGCUACCAUAUACUUUUGGUUACCAUAUAACACAGGUGCCAUAUAAUUUUGAUUACAAUAUUACCGAGCUACCAUAUGCUUUUGGUUACCAUAUAACACAGCUGCCAUAUAAUUUUGGUUACAAUAUAACGGAGCUACCAUAUAAUUUUGGUUAA